ACAAUUGAAAAGCAUAAUUGUUGUCGAGGAUCGGACGACGCGAUCAUCAGUUAUCCUCCCUGUUUUCAACGACAUCCAUCCAAAUACUCACGAGACAGGUCCGGGACCCCGACUUCACUCACACAAGCGAGGAGAAAGGUGGGGGACGCUUGCCAACCAAGCUGUACCAUUCAUUUGGGUUUGAAGAAGAAAUCGAAGACUGCGACAAUCUGGAGCAGCACCCUCGGUUGCAUCACCAUUGCCAGCCAGUGCUGGCAUGACCUUUUCAUCGUUUUAGGAUUGAAUCGCCUCUCUCUCACUCUCAUUUACCUCCAUCUCCUCGCAUUGCCUCUGCAUUGUAGAAAUCCACCUCCUAUUUGUGGAGUUUUUUUCUCGACCUUUGUUAUAGAUUUUCUAAUUGAGUGCAGCGUGGAUAUGGCGUGCGCCACUGGACCGGUUCUGCACUUCUCUGCGUCGUGGACUGCGUCGACUGUGCUGUCUCUGCGAGCUGGAUGUUAGCGACUACUGGGGAUCUACAAUAAGGUCAAGCAUUUUUAUAUUUCGGUGCUUACAUUUAUGGAGGAUUCCAGCUGAGAUUGUAUGAAUGGUCUCGGUUUGCGUUCUAGGUGGUGCGAAUGCUUAUGAGAGGGUUUCCUUGGGGUGCUCGCAUUGGCGUGCUACCCCAUCACACGUUGUGGGGUGCCGAGCUGUCAUGUCAGCUGAGAACAGCAGGGACGUGUCGCUUGAUUCCUCUGGGUUGAAACAGAAUGAAGGAGAACUGUCUCAUCAAGGUGGGGACGAGCAACGGAGGCGUGUAGGAAGGGGGUCCAAAUUGGUGGGAUCGGGGUCGGCUGUCCCAAAGAAACUCAUUUCUAAUGAAGAACUCUCAAAAUUCGUGGACACUUCGGAUGAAUGGAUAUCCGUGCGAACAGGAAUUCGCAAUCGUCGUGUACUCGGAGAGAACGAGUCAGUUACAUCAUUAUCUGUGGAAGCUUCAAGGAAGGCCCUUGAAAUGGCUAAUGUGAAUCCAGAGGAUGUUGAUUUGUUAUUACUCUGCACAUCUACUCCAGAUGAUCUAUUUGGCAGUGCUCCGCAGGUUCAGAAGCUGCUGGGAUGCCAUAAUGCUUUGGCUUUCGAUUUGACGGCUGCAUGUAGCGGUUUCGUACUCGGACUUGUGACUGCCACUCGCUUUAUUAGGGGAGGAGGAUAUCAAAAUGUGCUCGUGGUGGGUGCUGACGCUCUCUCAAGAUACGUGGAUUGGACGGACAGAGGGACGUGUAUUCUAUUUGGCGAUGCCUCUGGAGCGCUUCUGUUACAGGCUGCAACUGAUGACCAGGACAGCUUGCUUGGAUUCGACCUGCGUAGUGACGGAAAUGGGCAUAAACAUCUGCAUGUAACGAUAGACAAUGUUUUAGAUGAUUCAUCCAGCGGGGCCGAUUCGAAUGGAUCAGCAUUUUUGAAACCACGAAAGGCUUCAUAUGAAUGUCUUCAAAUGAAUGGGAAGGAAGUGUUCAAGUUUGCGGUCCGAGCUGUACCUCAGGUUGUGGAAGGAGCGUUGCAUGAGGCUGGGCUUACUGGAGACAAUGUUGACUGGUUGCUGCUUCACCAGGCCAAUCAGAGGAUUCUUGAUUCAGUUUCUGAUAGGUUACAUAUACCCUCAGAGAAAGUGAUUUCUAACCUAGCUAAUUACGGAAACACCAGUGCAGCCUCCAUACCGUUAGCUCUAGAUGAGGCUGUCCGAAGCGGUAAGGUGAAGGCUGGUGAUGUUGUGGCUACGGCAGGGUUUGGGGCAGGCCUUACGUGGGGAUCAGCUAUUGUUAGGUGGGGUUAGAUGCUAUUUUGGUAAUUUAUUGCAGAUACAACUGUUCACUUGCUAUUGAUUAUUGCCAUAUUGAGUAGGUAAUUGGUAGGAUCCAACAUGAUCGUAGCAGGUCAUAAACUUUAAGGUUUUUUUUGGCUUAGGAUAAGCACAGAGAACCAUAAUUACAGUUAGACACAACAAUCUGGUUGAGGAUCGUGAACAUGAGUUACCUGGAUGGGAGCAUUGCUUUCAAAAGACCAUGAAAUAGUGCAUUUCAGCUCAGCACUACUACUGUGUACAGUAUGCUGGUGUGGUCCAAUAUACAUGUAGACGUGUUUAAGAGCAUAGAUAUCUGGGUUUACUGUGGCCUUGGUAUUCCGUUGGUGCAAAGUAGGACGAGACCUAGUGAGGAAUUUUAUGCGGCAAGGUUCUCUCUGGACUAGCUGUUGAUUUUCAUUGUCGACCUUGAUUUGUAUACUUCAAUUUUUAUGAGCUGUUGGACUUUUAGCACUUUAUUUUUAA